AAAAUGCGUUUGUCAAAUCGGUGGUUUCGGGAAUAUUUGCCAUCAGAGGCAUUUCAACGUUUUUAAGUUGUCGUUUUUAAGGUGUAACUAUCAGAUGUCAAAGCUCACGAGGAAGUCUUGAAGGCAACAAAAGUUCAGUCUACAGAGUUGUGACAUCUAUGGCCAUGGAGGAAAAACAGUGCAAUCCGGACAACGAUUUUGCCCCAGACCCAGGGGGGGCAGGAACAACACAAGUUACCCCAUGUGACCAAAGCCCAAAGAAAAUUAUCAGCAGGCAGCUGACUGAACAAGGCCGGUUUGCUUGUGCGGCACUGUGUGGCGUCUCUCUGGGCCAGUUGUUUAGUGGACCUGAAAACAGUGUGUUCAGGGAACAGUACCUGCAGGGCUUAGUUCGCUGGCUGGACCUGGAUGAGUCGGUGAUGCCGGUUAUGGGGGCUUUCCUGUCAGGCCUGGGCUGCGAGGGCUCAGACACCUUCCUCUCCAUCUUACAGGCUGAACAUCUGCUGGCUGCAGGUGCCACUCCCAUCAUACAGGACCUGGUGUCUUUUUCUGUCAAAGACGGUCAGUAUGAUGCCAGAUCGAGGGUGCUCAUCCGUCAUGUCAGCUGUUUGCUACGAGUCACUCCACAGCAGCUGGAAGAGUUUGAGGAAACACUGGGAGAGAAACUGAGGGAAGCAGGAGAGGAGAGCGAAGAGGAGUCCUCUCGGCGGCUGAAGAGAGAAAGAGGGCGAAAGCUACGCCGUUACCUCCUCAUUGGACUAGCAACUGUGGGCGGGGGAACUGUGAUUGGUGUGACAGGUGGGCUGGCAGCCCCUUUGGUGGCAGCAGGGGCCGGUGCUGUGCUGGGGGCUGGUGGGGCUGCAGCUUUGGGCUCAGCCACUGGCAUUGCAAUCAUGGCCUCCCUGUUUGGAGCCGCAGGAGCUGGAUUGACCGGCUAUAAGAUGAAUAAGUGUGUCGGGGCGAUAGAGGAAUUUGAAUUCCUGCCACUAAGCUCUGGGAAGCAUCUUCAUCUGACCAUUGCUGUGACUGGUUGGCUCUGCAGUGGUAAAUAUAGUUCGUUCCAGGCCCCGUGGUGCAGCCUGGGUGAAUGCGGGGAACAGUAUUGCCUGGUGUGGGAGUCACGUUUCCUCAGGGACCUGGGCUCGGCCAUGACCUCUCUGUUGGAUGGGCUGGUCAGCAUUGUGGCCCAGGAAGCCCUGAAGUACACAGUGCUCUCAGGCAUCGUGACGGCUCUGACGUGGCCUGCAUCCUUGCUGGCAGCAGCCAGCGUCAUUGACAACCCCUGGUGUGUUUGUCUGAACCGUUCAGCUGAGGUGGGGAAACAUCUGGCGCAGGUUUUGAGAAGCAGACAACAGGGAAAGCGUCCUGUCAGUCUCAUAGGUUUCAGUCUUGGGGCGAGAGUUAUCUACUACUGUCUGCAGGAGCUUGCCAAUGACCAAGGUAGUGAAGGAGUAGUGGAGGAUGUGGUCCUCCUGGGGGCCCCAGUGGACGGCUCGGAAAAGGCCUGGGAGAGAAUGGCCAGGGUAGUGGCUGGAAAAAUAGUAAAUGGAUAUUGCAGAGGGGACUGGCUCCUGGGGUUCUUGUACCGGAGUUCAGCAGCACAACUGUCUGUUGCUGGACUACAGCCAAUCAACAUCCAGGAUCAGCGCAUAAUCAAUGUGGAUCUUUCCUCCGUGGUGAAAGGUCACUUGGACUACAUGCGUCAGAUGGACACCAUCUUGGUGGCAGUAGGAGUCCCCACCAAAGAAGUCCCAGGGGCCUCCUUUGCUCUUCCUCAGCCUGUAACAGUUACAAAGGGGACAGUGGACAUCCCUGACCAAGCCCCUGCUGAGCAGCAAGGGACUGAGACACACCCGUCAGCUGAGAAGGCUGAGACUUGUACAGAAAACAGUGGACACAUGAAGGAGGGGGCGGAGAACGAGGAGAUGGGUGAUGGCUGGGAUAUCCCUGAUAUUUCAGACCUGCUGGACUCUUUGAAUGAAACAGAAUCAGAAAAUCAAAUCACAGCCGGGAACAAUUUACCUCUCAGGUCUGAGGAGAAUGACACUAAUGACAAUGAAAAUGCAGCAACUGCUUUUAAUGCCCAGUGUGAUGGUGAAGAAGAGGCCGACCCAGAUAAUGAACACAUAUCAUGGAGUUGGGAGGAUACACAGUGGACUACAGAGCACACACACAAACAAAGGCGGCCUAACUCGUAAAGGGCAUGUUACAGGACCAGCUGCUUCCUUGUAAAUUCUCAUCUUCUCAAGUUUUUCUCAGCAUCAAAGCUUUGUUGGAGAAAAUAUUCAUUCCAUUCGCAGCGCACUGACAUGCCAGAGACAGCACAAGAGUGCACACAUAUGGCAGCUUCAAGUGAAAAGCCCCAGAGUUAACCACUGAAUGGUGUUUUAGACUUAUGUAUUAAUUCAAUAACAAUUCAGAGUUUUGUGACUGAAUUUUUUUUUACAAUCUGUAAAUAGUUUCAUAAUUUAUUUUGCAAAUGCAACGUGAGAUCAAAUACCUGUAUGUUGCUUGUGUUUUGCAGGUUGUAGUGGAUGCCACAAAAUAAGUGGUAUCUGUUCCUUUCAUCCCUCUUAUUUUCAUCCGUUGGCUUGGUUGCUAUGGAUAUUAUCACAGUAAUUUGAUUACCACAAGGCCAGUUCAGUGAAUGUCUUCAUCAAGGCCUUUCCUCUCUGUCUGUUCAGCCUGUACUAAUGUGAAUUGCUGUCUAUUAUAGAGCUUAUGUAGAGUUUACAUUGCGUAAAUUGUAUACUGGCACUGAUAACUGGAAAUAGCCUUAACCCUGACUUUUUUCUUUUAGUGAUGCAUCUAUAGUGGUUUUCCAAUCACAUUUAGUAACUGGAAAGGAAAACACAAUUCAAGAUCAGAUGGAACUUAUUUAAUUUGUGUCCAUAGAUAUUUUUCUGUUAUCAUAAAAAAUGUAUUAGAAAUUUGAAUUGUUUUAUUAUUUAUCUUCGGCCUAAAACUUUUAAUUCAUAAUGACUAAAUAAUGAGUUGUCAUGAACUGGAUUGAGUCUCAAUACUUGAGUCUUGAAUCACGCUUCCACCUUAAAUCCUGACACAACACGUUAGCUGACUUUUGUAAUUGCUAUUCAAUCCAGGGUGUCGACCUGAUUGGGCAGAAGCAGAGGCAACUCAAUCCCAGCAUGCUCAGCGUCAA